AUGUGCACAGCAGACUGUAAUAACAGUCAGAAUGAAAGCAGCAGCCUUCACCAGUUGCAGCUGGUCAGUUCUGUCUCACUAAGGAAGGACUUAUCACUGGCCAUAACCCAGAUUUUUGUAUGGCCUUUUGUCUACAUCAAUGUCCUCAUGCUUUUCACCUUCUACAGAAAACAGUCCUUUAGAACUGAAACACGUUACAUGUUAUUCGCCCACACCUUACUGACUGAUGUGAUUUUUCUUAUACUGACAGACUUUGUGGUCAUUCUCUCCUACAGCUCUGUGCUGAUGCCGAUGGCAUUCUGUAUUCCAUUUUGCAUGCUCAUGGAGACGGUCUCAAUAUGCACACCUCUAACCAUCACUGCAAUGUGUGUGGAGCGCUACGUGGCCAUCUGCAUGCCACUGAGACACAGUGCUAUAUCCACAACCAGCAGAACUCUUACUGCUUUCCUUAUCAUCUGGAUCAUAAGCUACAUCAAGCCAUUUGUGGAUGUGUUUAUCCUUGUUGCAACUGUUUCGCAAGAAUAUUUUUUAGAGCCUACCUUCUGUUAUUAUGAGAUCAUGACACCAGAGCAAUGGCACCGCACAAUGAGGGAAAUAAUGAAUAUUAGUUUUUUUGUCAUAGUUUUACUCACUGAGUUCUUUUGCUAUUUGAUGAUUGUGCUUGCUGUCCGGACAGCCACUGUUGACAAGAUAUCAGCAGGCAAAGGUUUGCGUACCAUCUCACUACAUAUGUUUCAGCUUAUCCUGUGCAGUCUUGAGAUUAUUUAUUCCCACAUUGAAGAAGUAAUUAUAGAGCUAGAUAUACAUUUAUAUCAGUCACUCCGCUCUUUCAACUUUAUUACAUUCAGUGUCAUCGCUAGGGCAGUUAGUCCACUUGUCUAUGGCCUAAGAGAUGAGAAAUUCUAUGCUGCCCUGCUAUACUACAUGAAAUGUAAACAAAAUCAUAUCUCAUCUGAAAACAGAGGACCAAUUAUACUCUGA